GAAUGUGAGCAGUCUUGGUGAAGAACUACUAUCAUGGCCGCUGCAGCAACCGUGGCAGUGGAUUAUUCGCGUCUCAAGCUGCUGUGUAUCUUGGAAGGUCCAGGAGCAGCUGUGCUCUCUCACGCUCUUAAAUUCGGCACAAAGAAGACCUUCACCAUCACCCUUCUGGACCACCUGACCAGCCUCCCAGACUCCUCAACGGCCAACUUCCGUGUGCUGAACAGUGAGAGGAGGAGGAAAGCCUUUAACUCUGAUGAAAAAAGAAAGAUUGCUGAUGACCCCUCGUGCGAGAGCUUUGAUGUAACACUGCUCUACAAGAGCAUAAAACUGGCCUGUGAAGAUGUGGCAGGACCCAAUGAUGCACAUUGGCAAGACGAAACAGUGAUGGAGGGCCUUCUUACUAAGAUUAAAGAAGAAAGAAACGAAUGUGUCCAUGAAAGGCCUCAGAUGGCAGAUGAGCAGCAGUUAAUUGACAAAGUUGAGGAGCUCAAGAGCCUCUUCAACAGAGCCCUUCAGGCUGUCAAGGACAAGUACAGAGUCUCUGACUCUGAGACCAAAGACGUCAUUGACAACAUAACAAGGCUGACACAAGAUGUGUUGCAUGCAUUUACUGACAAAGUCAUCUUAGAAAUGAAUUUUGAUAAACAGCUGAACUUAUUUAAGCAAGUGGCAGUGAGUCAUCUUAAAGAUGUUUUUAAUGAAUUUCAAUAUAUAGACCCCUUACUGUUCCUCAGUGGAUCCGAAGAAAAACGGGUCAACAUUCAAACCGUAUUUACAAAACUUUUCCUUAAACAACAACCAAAAGAUCUUGACAUUAACUGCUUUGAUGUGUUAAAACUUCUAACAGCUAAGGACCAAAGGCCACGCCUUGCUGUGGUGAGCGGCAUCGCCGGGAGUGGCAAGACCACCCUGCUCACUUUCAUCUUGUCAGAGUGGCUCAAGGAAGAGUGUGACCGCCGCGUCAGACACCUGGAGGAGUACGACAUUGUACUCAGAAUUCUGUGCCGUGACACAGACGCUGAGGAUCUGGAGACAUUCCUAAGCCUGGUCCUCCCAUCUAGUCUCUCAGUAUUUAACGAGCCUCAUAUCAAAUACCUAAAAAACUGUAGAGUGUUAUUUCUGAUCGAUGGCCUGGACGAGAGGAACAGUACUUCAGAAAAGCUCGUCACUAACAUCCUUAAUAUUACAAAGCAUAACAAAGAAAAAUUCUCAAUUCUCGCCACCUCACGACCAGAGCGAGUGGAGCAGUUCUUGGCCAGUACGAGACAGCACUAUGAGCAAUCACAUAUAUCCAUUAAGGGAAUUCCUAUAACUAGGAGGAUGGAGUUUGCAAUGCAAUACUGUACCUCCAAAAUCCAAGAAAGGUUGAGAAAUUUCAUAAAAAAACAAAGUGAUAUGACCUUGUUUGAGCUUCCCCUCAACUUGAUAUUCUUGGUCACACUAUUUGAAGACAGACCAAAUUGUAUCACAUCAAAAAUUACGCAGUCCAGCUUGUACACCCACAUCCACGAGUGGUGCACAGAAAAGCUGCACCACAGGAUAUCUGUGCACCCUACGUGGGGAAGUAAUGAGCCAGAGACCCUCAAGAUGAGGAUCAAAAGGGUGCUGAAAGAAAUGUACCAACUGGCACUACAGAGCCUGCUACAGGACAGACUCUAUCUUUCAGAUAAUGACAUUGAGCGGUUAGUGGACUGCUGUAAGAGAGAGGAACUGCCGGUCAAAGAAGUCCUAGGGGCCUUUUUCACUCACCAGUCGUCCAUCACCAACAGAAUAGUCAUGCAGAAGUACUAUACACCACACAAAGGACUACUGGACUAUUUUGCAGCACGACAUAUCAUGCUGCGUCUUCAGGAUGUAUCCCUCCUACCACCAGGAGCCAUUAGAAGUCUGCCUCAGAGUGCAACUAAGCCACAGACACAGCGUCCACGCCUUCAGGAUAGAUUGAUCUCAUUACUAAGGCCUAUUAGAAGUCGGUUUCAAUUUGCCACUCAGCCACAGACACAAUGUCCACGCCUUAAGGAUAGAUCCCAGUCACAACCAGGGACUAUUAGGAGCCUGCUUCAAGGUGCUGAUGAGCCACAUAUACAGUAUCCACACAUUCAGGAUGGAUCCCUCGCAGGACCAGGUUCUAGUAGAAACAUGCUUCAAGGCGUCGCUCAGCCACACACACGGCUUCUACAUCUUCUUGAUCUGCGUAACCUGUUUUUCCACGUGGCGGGCCUGUUGGCCACAGAAGAGGUACCAAACCAUUCCGAAACUGUAAAGGAGGUGAUAGAGCUAGUGGGGGAGACUGGCGCAAAGUGGGAUGAAUGGCUGUCUCUAGUGGAACACACGGAUUAUGAGGAAAGUUUCCUAAAGGAAAUCGCUCGCUAUGUCAUAGAAAACCCUCUUCGUGGCGCAGUAAGGAUAAGAGAUAAUACAUUACGUAGCGCUGUGGCACUGCUCCCUCGUAUUCCACCAACAACAGUGGAAUUAUUGCUGCACAACGAAAAUGUAAAUGUGAAGAUAGUUCAUGCUUUAACUAAUCAUCACUGCACUGAGUUGAGUCUGCAACACCAUUACCAAAACCCAGGCAACAUACCCGCCUCAGAAACCGUGCUGCGCGCCAUAAAAAGGUAA